AUGGCGACGGGCCUCCUCCACGACCGGGCUGCUCCAGCGCCCCAGAAUGGCUCCUCGCCCUCGCCGCCCCCAGCAGCCCCCGCAUCGCGAGGCACAAAUGCCCUCUCCAGUCGCAUCACGAGCGUGCUCUCCGCUUCCUAUGCUGACCUGGAGAUUCGGGAUGCUCUGGAAACCUUGGAUGCACGUCAAGUGCAGAACUCUGCAGAGACGCGCCGGCAGCUCCGUCUGGAUGUGCAAAAAGAAGUCAUCCAGUGCAAUGGCGAGAUCAUCAGCGACUUUGGCCAUGUCGCAGAGCAACUCAAGCGCAUCGGAACCGCCAUCAGUAGUCUGAACAACUAUUGUGCUGAUAUGCGCGGUCACAUUGCAGCUGCGAGCAAAGAGACAGACCCUGUCUUGGAAGAAGCCACCAGCCUCAUGGGCCAGAAGAAGCAGGUUGAAUCCAAGCAGCAGGUUCUCAACGCAUUCAGUGCUCAUUUCCUCAUCACUGAAGAAGACGUCACCGUAUUGACUUCUACUGCGGAGCCCGUUAACGAGGAGUUCUUCCAAAUCUUGACCCGCGUGAAGAAGAUCCAUCACGACUGCCAAGUACUCCUUGGGACUGAAGAUCAGCGGCUGGGCCUAGAAGUGCUGGAAAGAAGCUCCAAGCAACUCAACUCCGCUUUUCAAAAGCUUUACCGGUGGAUCCAACGCGAGUUUAAAACACUAGACCUGGAAAAUCCACAGAUUAGUGCAUCUGUCCGGCGGUCGCUGCGUGUGUUGGCCGAACGGCCUACUCUGUUCCAAAGCUGUCUGGACUCGUUUGCCGAAGCCCGCGAGUCGAUUCUGUCCGACGCAUUUCAUGCAGCAUUGACUGGUUCGACGGCGGAAACCCAGAUAGCCACUAAGCCUAUCGAGUUUCACGCUCACGAUCCUCUUCGUUAUGUAGGCGACAUGCUUGCCUGGGCUCAUUCCACAACAGUGUCGGAGAGAGAAGCCCUUGAGAACCUCUUCAUCUCAGAUGGCGAGGAGAUUAAGCGCUCCAUCCAGGCUGGUUUGGAGAGUGAGCCGUGGCUAAGAGGCGACGAUGAGACUGAGGUUUUCGACGGUCACAAAGCCUUGAACCAGUUAGUCAGCCGUGACCUGGCAGGCGUAGCCCGCCUGUUGAGGCAGCGAACAGAGCAGGUCGUCCAAAUCCAUGACGAUGCGACGCUUGCAUACAAGAUUGCGAACCUGAUUGGUUUUUACGAAGGAACUUUUGCCAAGCUGCUGGGGGCGGACUCUGAAGUUUUGGAGAUUUUCAACACGUUGGAGGCUUCCGCGAUGCGACAGUUCCGCGCCAACAUGAGAGACUAUGUCGCUAAUGUGCAAAGCGACCUUGCCGUGGCGCCCGCCGACUUGUCUCCUCCCGAGUUCCUGGAGGACGCACUGCAGAUACUCAAAGUUCUCGCGAAAAGCUACGAUACGUCAUUUGCUGCGACAGACGACAAUGGACAGGGCUUCCAGGCUGUGCUUUCAGAAGCUCUAGAUCCUUUCUUGAACGGCUGUGAGGGCAUGCAGAGAGAAAUGAAAGAACCCGAUAACGCCAUCUUCGCCCUCAACUGCUUAUUCGCGGCCAGAGAGGUGCUCUCACAGUAUACCUUUGCGCAUGAGCGGGUUAGAGAUAUAGACGACACAGUUGAAGAAACUGUUGCUAAGCUGACAGACUACCAACAUCGAUAUUUGGUCAACGAGUCUGGCCUUGCUACUCUUAUUGACGCUCUUGCGGAAAUCACCGACUCUGCUGAAAGCAUCAAGACAGUGUCCAAGUUGGAAGCAUUCAAGCCUGAUGCACUAGUUUCUGCCAGCCAACAACUGGAUGAGUUCCUGCCAUCUGCGCUGAUUGAUGCAUCGGAGAACAUCAAACGGUUACAAAACAGGAAGAUGAUACAAGAUAUCACCGACGAGGCCGCUAGCAAGUUCUGCGAGGAUUUUGAAUUUGUGGAGAGCAAGAUAAUGGCUGCAGACGAUCUGCUCUAUGAUGGGGAAAGGGAGGAUGAGGAGCAGGAGCCUAGGCUGAGAGAUUUAUUUCCUCGUACUAGCGGUGAGAUACGAGUGCUACUCAGUUAAGGGCUAUAGGCAAAAAAUACGCAAAGCCCCGUUGGACCUGAGAUGCAUAAUUCCUAUUAUCUAAAAAUGACCCUCAUCAACGAGUUGCACCAUGAAAUGGACUUGACAAAGGCGAGCAGGGGUUUUUCAGUGGAUUCGCCAUGAUGGAUGUGUGGUCAGUUUAUUGUGGCUUCUUCUUCUCCCACUCUUCCGGCGUAUGGCACUUUGGCGUCCACGCAUGUAUUGCUGCAAUUUCCUCUUUCAGAGUGCUGUUGACGAGCCGGUGUCGUGCCAGCGUUGUCUUCUUGGCAAAUAGCGGUGAUACAAUAAUGGCCUCGUACAUUUGUCCGCACCCGCCUAUUCAGUGUGUUAGCGGGGUCCCUGUGACUCAAGCACUUUGAGAAAUCUGCCAGCACGACACCACGCUCACAGAACAUGUCUCUCUCCAAUUUCCGGCUAUGCGUCAAACUAUGACGUACCACU